GUAAGUAAGUUCUCCUGAAUUCUAGGAGUACGUUUACGCCAUGAACCGUUGGAACCUUCUUGCCCUUACCCUGGGGCUGCUGCUGGUGGCAGCGCCCUUCACCAAGCACCAGUUUGCUCAUGCUUCCGAUGAGUAUGAGGACGACGAGGAGGACGAUGCCCCCGCCGCCCCUAAGGACGACGACGUCGACGUUACUGUGGUGACCGUCAAGAACUGGGAUGAGACCGUCAAGAAGUCCAAGUUCGCGCUUGUGGAGUUCUACGCUCCUUGGUGCGGCCACUGCAAGACCCUCAAGCCUGAGUACGCUAAGGCUGCCACCGCCCUGAAGGCUGCUGCUCCCGAUGCCCUUAUCGCCAAGGUCGACGCCACCCAGGAGGAGUCCCUGGCCCAGAAGUUCGGCGUGCAGGGCUACCCCACCCUCAAGUGGUUCGUUGAUGGCGAGCUGGCUUCUGACUACAACGGCCCCCGCGACGCUGAUGGCAUUGUUGGCUGGGUGAAGAAGAAGACUGGCCCCCCCGCCGUGACCGUUGAGGACGCCGACAAGCUGAAGUCCCUGGAGGCGGACGCUGAGGUCGUUGUCGUCGGCUACUUCAAGGCCCUGGAGGGCGAGAUCUACGACACCUUCAAGUCCUACGCCGCCAAGACCGAGGACGUGGUGUUCGUGCAGACCACCAGCGCCGACGUCGCCAAGGCCGCCGGCCUGGACGCCGUGGACACCGUGUCCGUGGUCAAGAACUUCGCCGGUGAGGACCGCGCCACCGCCGUCCUGGCCACGGACAUCGACACUGACUCCCUGACCGCGUUCGUCAAGUCGGAGAAGAUGCCCCCCACCAUUGAGUUCAACCAGAAGAACUCUGACAAGAUCUUCAACAGCGGCAUCAACAAGCAGCUGAUUCUGUGGACCACCGCCGACGACCUGAAGGCCGACGCCGAGAUCAUGACUGUGUUCCGCGAGGCCAGCAAGAAGUUCAAGGGCCAGCUGGUGUUCGUGACCGUCAACAACGAGGGCGACGGCGCCGACCCCGUCACCAACUUCUUCGGCCUCAAGGGCGCCACCUCGCCUGUGCUGCUGGGCUUCUUCAUGGAGAAGAACAAGAAGUUCCGCAUGGAGGGCGAGUUCACGGCUGACAACGUGGCUAAGUUCGCCGAGAGCGUGGUGGACGGCACCGCGCAGGCCGUGCUCAAGUCGGAGGCCAUCCCCGAGGACCCCUAUGAGGAUGGCGUCUACAAGAUUGUGGGCAAGACCGUGGAGUCUGUGGUUCUGGACGAGACCAAGGACGUGCUGCUGGAGGUGUACGCCCCCUGGUGCGGCCACUGCAAGAAGCUGGAGCCCAUCUACAAGAAGCUGGCCAAGCGCUUUAAGAAGGUGGAUUCCGUCAUCAUCGCCAAGAUGGAUGGCACUGAGAACGAGCACCCCGAGAUCGAGGUCAAGGGCUUCCCUACCAUCCUGUUCUAUCCCGCCGGCAGCGACCGCACCCCCAUCGUGUUCGAGGGCGGCGACCGCUCGCUCAAGUCCCUGACCAAGUUCAUCAAGACCAACGCCAAGAUCCCGUACGAGCUGCCCAAGAAGGGCUCCGACGGCGACGAGGGCACCUCGGACGACAAGGACAAGCCCGCGUCCGACAAGGACGAGCUGUAAGCGGCUAUCUGAACUACCCCAGGUUUGGAGCGUCUGCUUGCGCGCUUGCGCUUGCACACUGUGCAUGGAUGGGAGUUAAGGAGGAGACGGAGCACGGAGGCUGCGCUCGGUUGGUGGCUUGGAGCACCGGCAGCGCGUGAUCCGUCCUGGCAGCAGCAACGGCGGAGCGGGCGCAUACUGGCGCGAGCUGGCGAGCGGCUGUUGCUGGAGAGGAUAUGCUGCCGGGCGGGAGGAAGGGCUAGGGGCAGAGAUGAGAGCGUUACGGGCUGGCAUGCGGGCGCCCGUGCCUCUCCCUGCGGUGCAGUCCUUGCUAGGAGACGCACGGUUUUGCCAAAGAGGGACGCUGUCCACAGCCCUGCGACUGGAAGUCUUCUAGGCCCUGCGGUGGUAGUGGUGUUGGUACGGUUGUGUGCAUAAGAUGAACAACGUUUCUCUCAAGACGAGACUACUAGUAUGCUGACGGUGUGUGUAUGUGGUGGAUGGAUUGUGCCCCGACCAUGAAGAGUGCUGUGUUGCCUCGGCGCUUCUGUCGCCCUGGAUGUGCGUGGUUCCGAACGCUGGAGUCAUCUGUUGAGGAGCGAGGGUGUUGUCGGGUCCGCCCGGCACGGCCGCGUGAUGUCCGGAUGGGGAUUGCGAGCGAGGGCAACCGCAGCGCAGAUAGCGCCGCAGCGGAUCGAGCUAGCGCAGGAUGAUGAGAGCCGGGCCUUCGCGGCGUGGGAUCAGGGAGGAGCCAAGGCGGAGUGCAUGCGAGGAAAACAGUGUGCGGCAAAGAACGGGCUGCAAGAACGCCUUGCGCUUGCAGUGCGUGUCGCAGAGUUCAAGGGGCAUUAAAGGGGUUAGGGGGCUUUCCAUGUUAUCAGCCCUGCAUAGGCUUCGGGGUUGAUAGGCCCGCCUCAGGCCUUGAUACAAGCCAGCGCCCUAGGAACAAGAAGAGGUGGCUCUCCCUUGCAAGGGAAAAGUGGGCUGUGCCGCCACGCCACGUCCUCCGUCUGAGGCCGAAGGUUCCGAUACUAGCCUCAUCUCCCGGACAUAGCCGGGGUCGGUUUGUACAGGCACCGCCCGCCAUGCUGCACGCCGUUGCAUUUCGCUAGUGCUCGUCUACACAGCUCAUCCGUGGACGCCGGUCGACUGCCUGCAGGUGCGCAUCGGCUAUGCUAUCCGCGCGGUGUGGCGUCGCAUUGAGUCUGUGUGGUGCUAUCGCCUUGGCCGGGCGCCCGGAGCGUGAGGAAUGCGCGUCAGCAAAACAUCGA